AUGUAUUCUUCUUAUGAAGCCCCGCGCGGUCCGCGAUACCACAAGUACAAAAAGAGGACGUAUCUUGAGCCGCCUACCAACGGUAGUGUCACUACUCGCACGCGGAUCACCACGAUCGUCCCCCCGCCGCCGCCUCCCCCGGUCGUGGUAUGUCCUCCACCACCACGAUUGCCGGAGCCAGAGCCCAUCAUUGUGGCCCCUCCGCCUCCUCCUCUGCCAGAGCCCAUUUUCAUUGCUCCUCCUCCUCCGCCUGAGCCAGUCGUCAUUGUUGCACCUCCUCAUCCGCCACCAUCGCCAGUUUUUGACGAUACUAUUGAGGUCAUCGCUGUCGACGUUGACCCCUCAGUCAAGUCUGUCAAAUCCCACAAGAGCCACAGAAGCUCGCGCAGCAGUCGGAGCAGGAGCCACAGCCGGGUGGACAGCCGAGAGAGAGAGGUCUACAUUGAACGAGAGAAGAUCGUUCCUGUUCGUGUGCCCGUACCAUACCCUGUCAGGGUUGAGCCAGAAUAUGAGACGUUCCGCUAUGUGGAGGGACCUCGGCGGUUUGAGCCCAGACCACGCAAUCAUGAAAGGGACCGAGAAAUUGUUAUCGAGGACCGUCACAGGAGACAAUAUUUGAGGGAUUGA